UUCCCGUGACUCCCACCCUGCUUCUGUUUUGGAGGAAGAAGAACAGGAAAAGCUGAAAUGAAGCGGAGGGGGGCCGCGCUCCAGAAGCGCCUCCUUCCACUCGCUUGUGCGCUCUGCGCUCUUAGGUGUUGCUAACCACGGAACAAUUGUUUCCCCCCGCCCCAUGCUUCCCAGCGCCCCUCCCCGCCCGACCUUGAGGCGAAUUGGCUCGCGUGCCGCCGCCGCCGCCGCCCCGGAGCGCACGGCUUCAGCGCAAGCGAAGCCCCUCGCCGCCGGGCCGGACGGAGGGGGACGCUGCUGGCAAGGCUGCGCUUUGCUGCAACCACGUGCCAUUCGCAGCCUGCCUGUCACACGACAACAAGGAAGCCUUCGGUGAGAUCUUCUCCCCGGGAUCUCCGUGUGGAAAGCGACUUUCCCGAUCCAGGCUGGUUGCAGCAAUGGAAGAAAACAGCUUGGGCAACCUGCAACAGAGGGCAGCUGAGCUGGACUGCAUGGCGGAGGUUCUUCUGACAGGGGAACAGCUAAGGCUCAGGCUGCAUGAAGAAAAAAUUAUUAAGGACCGAAGACAUCACCUGAAGACUUACCCAAAUUGUUUUGUUGCCAAAGAAUUGAUUGACUGGCUGAUUGAUCACAAGGAGGCCUCUGACAGAGAGACAGCAAUUAAACUUGUGCAGAAGUUACUGGAUCGUAGUAUUAUCCACCACGUUUGUGAUGAGCAUAAGGAAUUCAAGGAUCAAAAACUUUUCUACCGCUUUAGGAAAGAUGAUGGAACGUUCCCACUUGACAACGAAGUGAAGGCUUUCAUGAGAGGACAGAGAAUAUAUGAAAAGCUUAUGAAUACUGAAAAUGUUAUUUUACAAGCCAGAGAAGAAGAAGGAGCAAAAUAUGAACGUACUUUCAUGGCAUCCCAACUGAUUGAUUGGUUGAUCCAAGAAGGAGAGGCUGCCACAAGAGCUGAGGCUGAACAACUUGGUCGUAGGCUGCUGGAGCAUGGAAUUAUACAACAUGUGUCCAACAAACACCAUUUUAUGGACAGCAAUCUGCUCUAUCAGUUCCGAAUGAAUUUCCGUCGCAGGAGAAGACUGAUGGAAUUGCUUGCCGAGAAGUCCCGCUUGAUGCCCGAGAGUCACGAUAGCCCCUUUUGUCUGCGGAAGCAAAAUCAUGACCACAAAAAACAUGCCACUUUCCUCUCAGUCAGCCCCAGCAAGGAGAUCAAGAUUGUCUCUGCGGUGAGACGGAGCAGCAUGAGCAGCUGUGGCAGCAGUGGGUACUUCAGCAGCAGCCCGACCCUCGGCAGCAGCCCGCCUGUCCUCUGCAACCCCAAAUCUGUAUUAAAGAGAACAGUGACCCCUGAGGAACUCCUGAGGCCUGGGGCUCCCUAUGCCAGGAAGACAUUCACUAUUGUAGGUGAUGCUGUUGGGUGGGGAUUCGUGGUGCGUGGGAGUAAGCCCUGCCACGUGCAAGCUGUGGAUCCCAGUGGGCCAGCAGCUGCAUCGGGAAUGAAGGUUUGUCAGUUUGUGGUUUCAGUGAAUGGGCUAAAUGUUCUCCAUGCAGAUUACAGGACUGUGAGCAACCUCAUCUUAACUGGCCCUCGGACCAUCGUCAUGGAAGUGAUGGAAGAAAUUGAGCCCUAAGACUGAUGCCUGAUCUGCUGCUCCGCCAUCAUGGAUUCAGCCGCUGGGCAAAUUGAAGCAAAGUUAUACUAGGGGAUAAAAACAUACUUUUUCUCAGAGAUCCAUUUUGCCUUCUCAGCACUUUCCUCCCCUUCUGUAGUAAUAGAGUCUUCAGUGGAUUAGUCUAAGACCAUGGGUGCACACUGGUGAGUGUAAACUACAGAAGCACAAAUCAGCUUGUGCUACACAAAGGAAUGGUUGCAUAUCCAAGUCACGGCAAGCUUAGAUGGACAGUCUCAUGGAUGGGCAAGGUCUGGUACAGUUGUGAAAUCUCAACUGAUUGUGAAAUUAGGAAUCAUGUCUGUGCCAAGCUUCUCAAUGUCAUCUUGGUUUUUUUUUUUUAAUUCACGUUUUAAUUUGUGAUUGUACAGAUUGACUCCAGUUUUUUCAACGUAAUGUCUUCAGAUACAUUAUGACCACAGCUUCCAGAAUUCCAAGCCAUCAGAGCCAAUGGCUGAGUUGGCUGAGAAUUCAAGAAGUUUGGGUCCAGUUUGUUUGGCACACACCCCAUUGGGGCAGGUUGACUUAUUGCAUGUCCAGAUAGCUUUCAUUUUAAGGAUCUGGUAGCCACUUCAGUUCAAAUGUACAGCUAGAAGUAAACUUUUAUUUUUAAAGCAGGAUUGUUACAGAUUUGGUUCCAAGGAAGACCCAGUCUUCCUUCCUGAACAAGUUGUGCAACAAGAAGCAAGUGUACAUUUUAAACAUGCCGGCUUUACAUAAUUAAGUCUGUUCUGUAGUCGAGCUUGGCUGAUCUUGAAAAGCUAAACCAGUAGGACCUGUUUAGUUAUUUAAUAGCAGACCACUAGCAAAUCCUGGGUCUAUGUAUUAGACAGGGGAGGUGAGAAGCUAUCCCAAAAGAAAAUGAUGGUAAAUUACUUCUAGAUUUUUGCCAGCAAAAUGAUAUGGUUGUAUCCAUCAGAGUCAAGCUCAACUCAACCUUUAUCUUUUUAUCUAUGGAGAUGGAGAAGAAACGUUAUCAAGUACAGAAGCUCUGCCGCUGCAUUGAUGAAAAUCUCACCUAAGAAUAAAGUAGAGCAAAGGGAAUUCACUCCCUGAUGCAUACCACACAGUCCAGUCUAGCACGGGGCAUAUGAACCUUAGUAUGAUGUGUUACAUAUUUCUGGAUCAUCUGGGGCCAUCAUCUUACAUUAUAAUUUGGCUGACAUGCACUUUGCUACAAUAUAGAUAUUUUUUUAUAAAUAAAGUGGAUAAAUUUCGAUGCCACAAUUUUAGGACAUCCAAGAUUCCGAGAUAUUUUUUUGAAUACAUCUCUGAUAUUGCAAAAGGCAAGUCAAUCUACUCUUGUUUUGACGGUUACAGAAGCCUAACAAAAUCCCUUGUGCUACAGCAAAUAAAGUAGUAUCUUAUAAGCCAUG